AUGGCACUCCAGCCGAUGCGGUAUAUAUUGCUGAGGUGGGCUAUGGCCGAAGGCCUUAAAUCCGAGGCAUGCCCUUUCACCGAGGCCUGUGAUCGUAACCGAGGUGUUCUUGAUCCCGAUGAACUGUCAUUUGUUAAUAAAGAAUUCGAUCCAAUUUCAGCCCCUAUACUACAAGAAUCCCGAUUAAGCGCAUUCAAAAAUGUCAACAUGGCCUCUAAACAAACUUCUCAAAGGAAAAACAGCGAUAUUAAGAGAUCGAGAAAGAAAACUGCUAAAAGUGGAGAAGCUGCAAUAUGCUCUUGCAAGCCACCCAAGGUAACUUCAAGUGGGAUGAAAGGUAUUUUGACUAAGCCAAGAAAAAGAGACUCAUUAGGAAGAUCUGAUGCUACAACUUCUUCUGGGUCGAGUUUAAUCACAACGAAGAAAGCUUCUAGCCACAGUUCAUCCCAUCUUACCACUACCUGUCUGCCGUCUUCUUCAAAAGGGUCUCCUAUUUCCUAUGCAUCUGUCAGCGUUUCAACACCUCGAGCUCCUUCUAGCCUUUUAAGUAAGAACACUGAAUCUAAAAUGAAUAAACUGUCAAUUUCUCGUUCAACUUCCAAGAUUCUGGAAUAUUCUGAGAAGCAAAGCAAAAGGAUUGGAAAUACUAGUUUCUCGACUCGUUCAUUGUCUGCCUUAGAUCGUUAUUCUUGCACACCUCCUGCUAGGUGGAGCAAUAGUUCUUCCUCUGUAUCAUUGUCGUCGUCCUUAAGAACCAAUCAGAAAUCUAAAGUUUCAACGACAAAAUAUUGCACAUUCCAGCGCAAUGAUGCAAAAGUAGCUCCAGAUUUGCAGAAAAUUUCAGGCAGUAACUUGUCCCAUUCUUUGCAAUCUCCAGAAAUGAAGUCCCCGGUCAAAUUUAGUUUUCGUGCUCUAGAAGAAUUUCACCAUGUUGGUUUAGAAUCACCAAAAACUGGCAAUGCAUCUGGAUUGCGAAUGCCAUCCCCAAAGAUUGGUUAUUUUGAUGAGGUUAGUUUUUCUAACAUUUUACUUUUCCUUCUUAGCUAACAUUGAAUGUAACUAGUAGGCAUAUUGAAUUUGGAAUGCAGAGCACAUCUCUUGGUUCGACCAGGACAACGAAAAGAAAAGCAACUCAGAAGAUUUUAACAGAAACCGUAAAAACAAAGCUCUCUUCUCUGGGCUCUGAACUGUCAAGCAUUUCCCUUGGACAAACUGAUUCUUAUAAAAAGCCGAAAAAUCCUUACUUGGAAAGAUAUAGGACUAAUACAAGCUCGAAGACAGCUCCUCAGGUUCGGACUAAUCAUGUGACAGAGAAAGGAAUUUGCUCAGAAUCCCAGAAAACUGGUGAUGGCAAAUGUCAUAGGAAUAAGGUUGGACAGACUUGUAUGCCGGAAAACGAGAAAAGUAUCAAGGGCUUGAUGAAGAACAAGAGGAUCAAAGUAAGAAAGGGACCGAAUGAUGACACUUGUGUCCGUUUUAAAGAGUCUGACUUGAUCAAGAAUGUCACAGAAAAUGGUAGCCAAUUUGGCGAUCUAAGCAUAUAUUUUGAAGCUAUUGAUCUGAACCAGGAUAAGGUGAUGCCACUCAAGAACAGCAAGUGCUUGCCUUUGAAGUACGAUAACAAGAUAGUACAAAGGUGGGACGAAAAGGAUCGUGUAUGUGAUCAGCAGUCGGAUUCGCCUAAAACAUCGUUGAUCUCUCCAUCGACUGUUGAUUUUAAAGCAAGGACUAGAACUCCACUGGCGGAGAAAACGUCUCUUUGCAACAGAAGCAAAGCAUUUUCUUCCUGUUAAAUAUUUCUCUAGUUUCUAUGUGAAUCUCAUAAGUUGCUUAUUCAGUGUCUAAUGCACUGCAGAAUCUCUAGCAUUUUUUGUUGAUCCACUGCAAUAAUCUCCAUUAUUGAAUGCUUGAAUCUUAUUGAUCUGCCACUUUUUGAA